CCUCUCUCUCCCAACAAGCCUCCUUCCUCUCUCUCUCUCUCUCUCUAAGUCUCACAUCAAUCUCCCCAAGCACAAAAACCAUGGCUCCGACGUCGCCCAAGUCCCCAACCAAAUCCGGCUCCGAAACCCCGAGCCCAAACUCCAAAGAGAUCCGGUACCGCGGUGUCCGCAAGAGGCCAUGGGGCCGCUACGCAGCCGAGAUCAGAGAUCCCGGGAAGAAGACGCGCGUCUGGCUCGGGACCUUUGACACUGCCGAGGAGGCAGCGCGUGCCUACGACAAGGCGGCGCGUGAGUUCCGCGGGGCAAAGGCGAAGACCAACUUCCCCACCCCCGCUGAGCUCCAGCUCGAGGCCGCCGCCAACAUCAACAGCCACAACAACAACAACGUGCCGAAGGCUGCCGCGGCAAACAACAGCCCCAGCCAGAGCAGCACCGUGGAGUCCUCGUCCCCGCCGCCGCCUCCGCUGGACCUCUCUCUAGCGCCCCAUUUCGCUGCCGGCGCGGUCCCCGUGGCGCGUCCUGUGCUCUUCUUCGACGCCUUCGCACGCGCGGAGAACGCGGCCGCCCUCCAGCGCGCCCGCGAAAUGUGCAGGUUCGAGCGAGCGGUUGCGGCUCCCUCCUCCGGCGGGGCCCACAGCGACUCGUCCUCGUCCUCGGUGGUGGAUUUCGAUCGCAGCCUUCCCAACGGACGGCUCGAUCUCGACCUCAACCUCCCUCCACCAUCGGAAGUCGCCUGACGCCGCCCCGCCAACCAAGAUCGCGUCUUUUUUUUUAUCCGGUCUUAAUUUGUUCUUUCUUUUUUAGCUUAAAAAGAACCCUCCUAGGCUGUUUAGAGAGCGAGAAAGCAAGAAGCUCGAAGCUGACAUGUAUUUUGAAUUAGCCCUACAUGCAGUUGUUAACUGCUCUACAUGUUGUAUAUACCGAAAGAGAAACAACCCAAGCCUUUUCCUUUUUCCAUCUGAGAGAGAGAUCUUAGUUUUCUCUCUUUGUUGUCUAGUAGCAGUACAUGUUCUCAAAUCUGCAAAUGAAAUGAACCAUUUCAUUCUGUAUCACUCGGUUGUUUACUGUUUGUUUGCCCAGAAACCGCAAGAAAAUGAAAAAAG